AUGUCGGCAUCGUCGGCACGGAAACGGUGUUCAGUGAAUGGCAUCCAGAAGCACGUGCCGGUCGAUUCAGCAUCUAAACGACUCGUAAUCGAGUCACCUCUUCAGCCACUCUUCGAUCUUGAUCAGUUCUUCUCCAAGACCGAUCUCGAAGAUGUAUUCAUCGGUAGGGAAUGGGCGUUCCGUGAAAUUUACGAAUCAGCUGUAGUGGAUAAGAUUCCAGUGACUAUAGUGGAAGGUUGUCGCGGAUCUGGCAAAACGACAAUCAUUAACCAACUCGUUCUCAAUUCGUCUUUUUAUUCUACAAAGACCUCCGACACCAUCGAUUCGGGUUGUGUUGCCGACGAUGGAACGAUGUGGAAUUCAAGGAACUACGAAUGGAUGCGAGCGGUUGCUGCUCGUCUUGUAGCGUUUCACAUCUGUAAUAUUCAAAGCUCGUCUUCAUGUUCGAUUCCCGAGUUGGUCUGUAACAUAGGAGCGUGGCUAUCACGAUCACCCAUCUUGAAAAGCUACACGGACAUUCUUAAGAAGCUGGACAAUCACUUGCUGACCAAUGCCCGUCGAUCGAUUAUCGAUCCAUUCGGCGACGUGGUUGAUCGGAUUCUAUACGCAGCGAACGGAAGCAUGCUUUACAUUCGGCUUCUUCUUCGGCUUGUUGAGAACGGCCAGUUGUCGCUGAGAUAUCUGACACAAUCAAAUCUACCCACUGGAGACGUCAACUUGUAUGGACUAAUAAUGGAUCUUACAUUCACUUUGCCCAGUAUGUUCGCCCGUGUGGUACCGGUGUUGAACAUCCUGCUGGCCGCGCUUCGACCUCUGGACAGGUCGGAACUGUUGGCCGUGCUGAACUCGCCGAAUUCGGAUGUGUCAGUGACGGAAGUGGAACUGGAAAAAAUCCUUACGAUUCUCUCACCCCUUCUCUCAUUUGCUAGCUGUGGCUCUAUUACGCUCCACAAUACAGCGCUAAGAGAUUGGCUUCUGACAAACGCCAAUCAUCCGAAAUUGUGUUCAGAUGCCAGGCACGGUCAUAUACUCCUAGCUCUUCAUCUGACUGAAAGCGCUCCGUUGGAUUCGAUUCGACUUUUCGAAUUGUCCCAUCAUCUUCUCAAAGCACAUCCGUACAAGUAUAUGCAUGGAAAAUAUAUCCCUGAGUUCACCUCUUCAAAGGACGGGCAGAUUCACUGGAUUAAGCGUUGCUCGAAAGAUAUCGGAAAAGCACUUCUCAAUCAUAGAAACAUGUUCUUUCCAAAUACAAAGGUGACACAACUUCUUUUGAUGGCUGGCGCCGAUGUGAACGCUUUCGAUUCGUCGUCGACUCUUACCGUUAUGCAAGAAGCUGUGGCGGCUGGCAAUGCACAUCUGGUCUCGUUGUUUCUCAGCAACGGUGGCAUUGUCCAUCAACCACAAGGAGAGUCAGCGCUAACAAUCGCUGCAAAAUUUGGUCAUAUUGAACUGCUGCCACUGUUGUUUCCGCUAGACAAUACGUUGGCAAUUGAGGCCGCUUUGGUUGAAGGUGCUCGAAAUGGUCAUAGGAAGGUAAUUCGAUAUUUAUUAGCUCAGAACUGGAAUAACGCAAACAAGAGAAUUACAGCCAUAGAGAGUGCACUGAUUGUUGCUGCCGGAGCUGGUCAAACGAAGGUCUGCGAACUAUUGAUCGACUCCUAUGGGUUGAAUGAUUUAGCUAAAGCUAUGUGUGCAGCUUGUGAACAAGGCCGUGCCGACACCGUGCAGUUCUUCCUUUCACGUGGUGUAUCGCUGUCGAGUCUUCCAUGGCCAGCAGAACGUCCAGCACUCAUCUGUGCGGUGGAGAGUGGCAGUUGGGAUUUUGUGGUUGCGGUUUUGUCCCAAGCGAAGUGCAACAUCGAAUGCAAGGACGCGUUUGGCAGGACGCCGAUUAUCGCCGCUGCACGUUGUAUGCAUGUGGGACUGAUCGACCUGCUGUUGAAUAAAGGUGCGAAAAUUGAUCAACAGGAUAACCGUGGAUGGUCGGCUCUAAUGCAUGCUGUCAGUAAAAAUCAUCUACCAUCCGUACAACUUCUGCUAGAUAAGAACGCAAAAUCCAGCGUUAAAGAUGAGGACGGAAGGACAUUGGCGCACAUCGCAUGCUCAUCGGCUUCUCGAUUAGUAGUUGAUCGACUGCUGGAAUGCGGUAUGCCAAUUGAAGAUCGCGACAACGACGGGCUGUAUCCUAUUCAGAUCGCUAUAUUGCGCCAGAAUAGAGAUGCUCUUGAGUCUCUUCUUACCAGAGGUGCUCGGUUACGAACUUCAACCUGGUUGACAGCCAUGGAAUCGUUUCCUGAGGUGACUUUCAUCCUUCUAUCAAAACUUUUGGACGACGCCGGCAUACUUUUCCGGAAAAAGAGAUUUGAAGAUGCAAUGCAUCGCCUUCACUACGCGUUAAAUAAGUGUGAACUUUGUCUGGACAACCAGAAGCUGCAAGACAUCCAUAGUGGUCUGACGAAAGUUCGUCUACAAAUCAUGGUGUCUAUGGCGAGAGUGCUCCGACGACAGGGACGAACGCUACAGGCGAUUGAAGUGUGUUCGUUCAUUGAGGCGGAUGCCUGCGAGCGUGUUCGCUUCGAGAGUCUUCUUCUUCAAGCGAAAUGUCAUUUUGACCUUCAAGAUCUCGAACGAGCGAAGGUUCACGCACGUGCAGCUGUUCACCUGCGACCUGACCAUGAUGAGGCUCGCCAGCUACUCAACACACUGAUGCUUCCGUCAGCAACCAUUGCUAGAUUAUAG